AUGGCCCUAUCUCGUGCAGCAUCACCUCACCCGAAAGCUACGAAACCCCAGAGCACUGCUGCCGUCUUUCACCGGCAAUACCGAACUCCAAUCACCUGGGCUUGGCUAUUCCUUCCAGCUCUACUAGAAAGCCUUCGCGAUUCGGCUCGGACGACGUGCCACAGAUUCGACAGCCAACCAUCCUUGUACAUCGCCCCCGUUGUGCAAACGGAGGACCCACCACUGCCCUCUGUCGAACACUCAUCACUACCAUCCACUUGCGAGGCCAACACCACCCAGCAGCCACAGACCAACCGGCGCUCCAAUCACCCGGGUUCAUCGACCUUCUUUCGGCCCCGACCACCACAACUUUGCACCACCUCCCACAAUGCGCAUCGACCGAACAGCAGACGACGCACUUGUUCCUCGAUCAGGCGACUUACCCCCCUUCCGCCAGUCCGAUUACUUUCUAGGCUCUACACCCGCCUUCCUUUCGGAGCCCUCGGUGCGACGCCGCGUAACGUUACCUCGAAUGGGGAACAACCACUUGCGUUGGCUGCAGGUAGCAUGGCGAGGGUGGAGCCUGAAGAUAAGGAGGCCUUGGGCGACUCACUAGCCGAAGAGCUGACUUGCGGAGACGGAGGUGGUGAGGAAGGAGGAUGCGGGUGCUGGUGGGUCGAGUGGAUCGCCGACUGGGAAUGGGGCUGCUGCAACGACAUUGAUUUUGGAAACGGAAAGAUGUACAAUGGUCAACAUGAAGCUUGUUCGACAUACUUCUCCACCUUCCACAUUCAUAGUCCAGCACGUUGCGAUUCAAGCCAAGUCUACAAGUGGAGCAUGGCCUUCGGUCUAACUUUGGAUGUGGAUACUAAAGCUCAAGAUCGACUCUAUGGGCCUUCGGACUCCGUGCAGCUCAGCUCACCCACUUUUCCCAGCAGUCUGUCCUUUCUAUCAGUCAUGCUUUCGAAAUCUUCGCCAGGCCAGGCGAACGACACCUUGAACACCCUUGCAUCGUCGUUAGGAUGCCUUGAAGACAACCCAAAGCAUCCGAGAUCUUUGGAGAUAUUCGGCUCGUUGAACCCAGUACCUUUUACGCUGAAUGUUCUACAUUUCUGGGAGAGUGGCUGGAGAUCAGCUGAUUGGAAGGUACAUGGAGUUGCCGCUAGCUCUUGUAUUAUGUCCGAAGAGCAUCUAUCGCAUUCUCUGCAGGCCCCAGUCGGCUUCUUGGGGGGUACCCUCUGGGUUUCCUCCGCUGUUGUCGUCUCCUGCCAUUUCCGCGCAUACGUUUCGGGGUGUCGAUCCCGAACAGCUUCCCAAAAACUUCAUUCCUAUACGCGAUCCUCCACCCCACCCACUAUCAACACACCCUCAGAACCUCCGCUCAUCACCCCGGAACGUCCCAACCCUCUGCGUCCACUCCUCACCAACAUCGCGUUCUGCCAGUUGUUUGCCGUGUGUCUAAGCGGCAACUACAAGGACCCAAAGCACAGGUUGCUCCAUUCUUUCGGAUGA